AUGAACUCGGCCGCCGAGCGCGCGCGCGGGGCCGCCGCCGCCUGGCCGCUCCCCGAGCCCGCUCGCUGGCCUGCGCGGCCCCCUGGGCGCCCGGUCUCCACGCCCAGCCCCGAUCCACGCCCGGCCCCGCUCGCACCGCGCCGCUGGCAGCCGCCGCACGUCCUGGAACUGGCUGGUGCUCCAGAGCACGGCGAGAACGCGCUUCUUCCGGGCUGUCCCGCCAGCCCCGGCCGCCCCCUCCUGGAAGACACCCCGGCCCCUUCCGCACCCUGGCCCGCGCUUACCUGCAGCCUGGCACAGCCACAGAGACUCGCCGUGGGUUCCCCGCGCUCACUAGCACGCAGGCCUGGACGGGAUGGACGCGGGGCGCGGGGGCACGAGAGCUCUGAGGGCCUGACGCUGUCCUCACGUCCCUGUUCACCGCAAGUAAUGGCUCCAUUGCUGCGGACACAUCGUCGCGCUGUCUCUGACGCGCUGCCUGUGCCUGGCAGCGGGACCCCGGGGCAGUCCCUCCCGCUCCCGCGUUUGCAGCUCCUAAAUACUGAAAGCGGGACAGCAAUGCCGCAACUUCUUGGAGUCGUUCUUUCGCUCUUAACAUCGUUUUGCCAAACACAUCAUUUAAUAUCUAAAAAUUAG